AUGUCGGAGACACCUACAGAUCAGUCCCCUCAGCGGAUGUCCACGAGAAACCAAGCCCGUGUCAACUACACGGAUAUGGCAGCUGGAAACAAUUCAGUAGAAAAGGAGCCUGUAUUUCGUUCACCAACAGCUAGCACUCGAGGACGAAAAAAACGAGCCGCUAAUGUCGAUGUUGCGGAUCUUUCGGCCAGCUUUGGCAAUCUGAAUAACUUCAGCACGCCUCCGAAACGCGGCCGUCCACGAGGUGGGGGUUUAGGAAGUGCGCGUGGAGGAAGAGCACCAAUGGUUCGACGAACGACAACAGAGGAAUCUGCUGAAGUAGAUGAUCGCGAGCUUGUAGCUGCCGUUAAAUCAGGAAAGAAAAUCACGGAAGCGGUAGACAGAUGGAUUGGCCGUUACAACGAAAAAUUUCUGGUUGCAAUUGCCGAGAUGCAUCAAUUUUUCUUCGCAAUCUGUGGAUGCAAAGGAAUUGUCACACCACAAAUGUCAGCAACUCUUACCUACAAAGACAUCAUUUGUCGGAUGACAGAAGAUUUUGAAGAGGAUUCCGCUGACUAUCCAUUAGUUCAUGGAGGAAGUCUGAAAAAAGUUCGCGCAAAUCUUCACAAUUUCAUUCAUACUCUGAUCAUCAGAACCAAAGCGUCAAUGCUUUUCGAUAGCAAUCUUAUGGAUGGUUUUGUGCAGUUGCUGACUGGAAUGGCUGACAGUCAAGUUCGUGCAUUCCGGCACACAGCGACUUUUUGCGCUAUGAAGAUCACAUCAGCGCUUGUUGACGUCACCAUUGAACUUACACAGUCGAAAGAAAAAACUUCAAAGCAAAUUGAAGCAGAGAAGGCCAAGCUGAAGAACAAUUCGGCUGGAAAUGAAAAAUACGAGGCACUUGUUGCACAAAGGACUCAAACAGAAGAACGCGCUGAAGAGAUUCGUCAAAUCAUCGGAUACUUAUUCAGAAGUGUCUUUGUUCAUCGCUAUCGUGAUGUGGUACCAGACAUUCGAUGUAUAUGUAUUCAAGAACUCGGUCACUGGAUGGAUGUUUAUCCAGAGCAUUUUGUUGAGGAUUCAUAUCUCAAGUAUAUUGGCUGGUCAAUGUUUGAUAAAGUUGGUGACGUGAGACAAAGAUGUAUUCGCGCUUUGAUUCCACUUUUCGAGAAGACGUUGAUUCUGGAUAAACUAGAAUUGUUCGUCAAUAAAUUCAAAGAUCGCCUCGUUUCAAUGCUACUUGAUAAGGAUUUAGAGACAAGUAUUGAAACUGUUCACUUGAUGCGUGUUCUCUAUACAGUUUUCCCUACUCUUCUUACAAUCAAAGACGUCGUUCCGAUCUACGAGCUGAUCUAUGCUUCAAAUCGUCCAUUAGCUGUUGCCGCUGGAAUGUUCUUGAAUACAAAAGUUUUUCGAAGUGCAGAGAAACCAGGAAAAGCGCCAACUGCUGCAAACAUUCCUUUGGUGAAAGAUCUCACGACGUUCUUCAUCGAAGGAGAUCUUCAUCAACAUGCAACGUAUUUGGUUGACGCACUUUUUGAAAGCAAUCCAAUUGUGAAGGAUUGGGCGACAAUGGGAGAAUUAUUGAUUAACGAUCAGUAUCAAUUGGACUCCAACUUCGAGACAAAAUUAAUCGAGAUCCUUACUUGCUCUGUAGUGCAAUCUGCAACUGGAGAGCCCCCUGUAGGAAGACAUAUUGUCAAGAAAGGUGCUCCAUCUGCCAAGGAAUCCCGGGAUCUUGUAGAAGACAGACAAAGACUUACCGAAACCCUCAUCCCUCUCAUUCCUCGCCUUAUCACAAAGUUCAGCUCGGACAAUGAGAAAAUUAUCAAUUUGGUCAACAUUCCACUGCACUUUCAGUUAGAAACAUACUUAUCAGCUCGAAUGCAAACGCAUCUCAUGGAACUCAUGGAAGGUCUAGACUCAUUGAUUGAAAAGCAUCUCGAUGAAGAAUUGCUCAAAGCUGUAGCAGAAUUGUACUACCACUUGACAACCAACUCCUCCAUUUCUGCUCUCGUCGAAGGCCACAAAAUGAAACUUUUGGACGGAGUUGCUGCUUUCAUUCGGAAAUCUAUGCAACAAUUUGAUGAUGAUCAGAUGGGGGAAGAAGAGGAAGCACUUUUCGUAUCCUACAUAAAACGAAUGGCUGCUUUCGCUGGAUUCAUGGAUCUUCGCCAUUGGGAUCUUUGGGACAUUCUUCUGAAAGUUGUUUCAAACUAUACACGCGAAGACACACAACGAGACGUUCGAGAAAGAUCAAUGCAAAUGUUAUUCAUGCAACUUUGCUUUGAUUCAAUGAAUAUCAAGAAAGAAGGAGAAACUCCGAAAGCAGAUCAAGUUAGAAAACUGAAGAAACGUAGAGAUCAGUUAAUUCGAAUUGUAACCGAAACAUUGAACGAAGAAGCAUGCGGAGUCGAACAAGCUUAUUUGGUGAUCUGUGACCUGAUGAUCCUUUUCGGAAGUCAACUUGCAGAGGAGUCCAAAGCUCUGGAACCACUGAUUUGGCGCCCCGAUGCAAUGGUUCUUGGAAAUCUCAAAAUCUUUCUGGACGUAAAUGUAUUUGAUGUAAGCAACUUGGAUGAUAUGGAUCAACAAGAGAAGAUUGAAGUAAUGCACAAAAUGCGGCAACACGUUGCACAAUACGCUAAGCUUAUCAUUCACGGAGCCAUGCCAGUCGCAGAAGCAUCUCAUCUCAUAAAACGCUAUCAGUCUCACUUCCAAGACUUCGGAGACAUUUUCAAAAAUCUUUUAUCAAAGUGCCGUGAAAUUUCAUUUGUCGAAACUGGCGUCAUGAUUUGUGAAACUCUUAAAACCCUUUAUUCACAAUUGGACGAAGAUCAAGGAACGGAUCCACUGUCAGAGUCAUUCAAUUCUAUUCGUGAUCUUGCAAAACGAUUAGGACCUGCUUUCGGUGUUGAUUAUGCUAAGAAUCGGUUUGCUAUCUCGUCAUUGCACAAAAAAGCCAUCGAUUUUGCAUUCGAAGAGUACGAUAAAGAAAAUCAUCAGAUGCCGAAAAACAUUUUCUUCUUGGAAAUUGCUAUCGAAUUUAGCGGGAAGUUAUUGGCACAGGACAAGAUGGCUGUCGUUCGUUACUUGAACAAAAUUUACACAAACCGCGUUGGAACAUCAACAGUCGUUUGGGAACCAUAUCGAUUAUACCUCGGAUCACUCUCGGAUCGUAACGAUGAUGACAACAUGUCUGUGCGCAGUGGAAUGACCGUUACAUCCAAUGCAACUAUGAGAAGUACUGCUUCGUCAACACGUGGAAGAGGUCGUGGAAGAGGUCGUUCCAGAAUUGCCGAUGAUUUUUAAUAGAAAGUAACAUCUUCAAAACUGUAAUAUUUGUUUUUUUAAAAUUCCAUCCAUCAUCUCCCCUCUUCUGAUCUUCUCCUUAAUUUAUGUUUUGAACACUGAAUGUUAAACAAUGCGAUCUCUUUAUAUUUCCCUUUAUCUGUUAUCCCUCGAAAAUGUUAUGCUCGCCUCCCCGUCCCCAAAUUCCGUUCUCAUCAUGAGGUACUUCUUUUUGUUCUCAAAAAUAUCUGUGAAUGAUUUCAAAAAUAAAAGAAGUAUUCUU